AUGCAUGCUGCAGCAGCAGCAGCAUCAGUACCUGCAGCAGCAACAGCAGCAGCAGCAACCACUGCUGCAGCGGCAUUAGUAGCACUAUCUGCAGCAGCAGCAACAGCAGCAGCAGCAGUAGCAGCAGCAGCAGCAGAAACAACUGCUGCUGCAGCAUUAGUAGCACUACCUGCAGCGUCAGCAGCAACAGCAACAGUAGCAGCAGCAGCGCAUCAGUACCUGCAGCAGCAACAGCAGCAGCAGCAACAACUGCUGCAGCGGUAUUAG